AUGCGGGAUGGGAUGACGGCCCGCUGGCUAUUUCAAACGUGGUUAGUGAGCGUCGUCGCGGGGUCGUGUCUUCUGGAGAAUGGCCGAUCUUCCGUUUAUCUAUCCGUUUUUGAAGAUUUGAGACCAGGAGAAAUCGUCGGCAGCAUCCCCGUAGAAGAUUUUAAAACAGAUGGAGGGAUCGAGCUGAAAGUUGUCAAGGGAUCGGAUUUUGUCGAUAUCAACCCUGGGAGUAAUCAGCUAACGUUGAAGAGCCCGUUGGAUCGGGAUGAGGGCAACUCCAAAAUCGAAGCCGUCGUCGAGUGCAAAUCCACCGUCGACUCUGCCUCAGAUUUCGAUCAGCUAAACAUCACCGUCUUCAUCACCGUCAAAGACGUCAACGACAACGCCCCAGAAUUUGACGAAAAAGAGUACCAUAUAAAUGUCAGCGAGGAGCUGCCGAUUGGAACAAUUGUCUUCACCGGGAUCUCGGCGACCGACAAUGAUCAACCGGGCCCAAAUUCCUUCCUACAGUACUCCAUUCUACCAUCGGAAUAUUCACACCUUUUGGAUAUCGAGGAUCCGUUCAAGCCAGUGAUCACGGUCAAGAAUCGUAUCGACUAUGAAAAGGUGAAGAGCUUCGCCGUCCAAAUUGAAGCUCGUGAUCAGGGAAAUCCGAGCAGGGCUUCUGUGGUACCACUUCACGUCACUGUUGAGGACCAGAACGAUUUGAAUCCUCGGUUUGAGCGCGACUAUUACGUGUCAAGGAGGAUGAAGGACGGCCUGCUCGUCAUCGACCCAUCCCCAAUCCGCGCCGUCGACGGUGACGCCCUAAACGCCAACAUCCGCUACAGUCUCUCCGGAGAACUCAGCUCCCACUUUGCCAUCAAUCAAGACGGCCAAAUCCGUGUACGCAGCAAUCCGCCGCCUCCAUUUGCCGUCUUCUUUGUUCAUGCCUAUGAAGAGAAAAACCCAGAGAAAAAUGCGACCGCCAUCAUCAAGGUCCAACAAGGUUCAAAUAUCCAUUUCGAAAACGACCUCUACAAUUUGAAGCUCUCGAGCAACACCCCCCAGGGCACCGUACUCGCCCGAAUCAAGGCGUACUCGGAAACGAAUAACCCGCUGAAGUACAAGAUCCUCGGAAUCGAGCCACAGAUGCUGAGAAUCGAGCCUUCGUCCGGGAAUAUCAUCAUGGGCAAGCUGCCAAUUCAGCUGAAAGUGUUCUACGAGUAUAACAUUACGGCGACGGACGGAGCGGAGGAAUCCCAUGCCCGAGUCCACGUGUUUGUCGACGCUAUCGCCGACUGUUCGGAUGGGCCGAGGUUUGAGAGAGUGGAGAGUACGGCCGACUCCCCGGAGGGUCUCACGCUCGUCGGCCCAUUAAAAACGAACGCCGACCAAGUGUCCUACGAGUUGUUGAAUAUGAAAAAGGAUUUCCACAUCUCAUCCGAAGGUAUCGUCACGAUGCGACAAGGUGCCGCUCCCCAAUGUGUCGUCUGCGAAAUCGUUGUCCUAGCCAGAGACCAGCAUGGCCGUGUCGGACACACGAAAGUGAUCCUCCGGAAUCCGGGACUCGUCAUGUCCACCUCAUCGGCCCUGACGUUCCUCGUCCUCUGUAUCUUCUGUCUGAUUCUGCUGAUGAUGGUGGUGUUUGUGUGCAAAAAAGUCUCCUAUGUCCUGCAAGAAAAGCUCUUUUCUAGCUCAGACUCCAGCGGGUGGAGACACAACAAGCGCAACCGGAUGUGCUGGCUGAACAGAUCCACGGACAGCGGGGUGAUCAUCACGGGCACGAUGCCGACGAAUGGAUCGAGAUACGUCGUCAACCCCGAAAAAGGCAUCGACAACCGGAUCUCUGACAUUAGCGUCACUGGCAAUAUUACCCAAACAAAAUCACCGGGCCCUGUCAGGACCAGCGGUGCCCACCUGGUCCCGGUUACCGUAUCCAACCGAGAUGGCGCGCCUACUGUAUAUUUU